AUGGAGGGAACUGACGUCGCCGUCGCCGCCUCGUUUGAACACGGAGAUCUGGAUGCUUUUGCGGGAGGGAGCGCCGACCCGCCACCACCAUCCAAGAAGAAAUCCAGGCGCGCCGCCGAUCCCGCCAACCAGAAACGAAGGUGUGUCAGCACUGCUUGUAUUGCCUGUCGCAAGAGGAAAUCAAAAUGCGAUGGUGCUCUACCGAGCUGCGCGGCAUGUGCCAGCGUCUACGGCACCGAAUGUGUCUAUGAUCCCAAUUCGGACCAUCGCCGCAAGGGCGUCUACCGUGAGAAGACGGACAGCAUGAAGGCCAGGAACUCGACUCUCCAGAUUUUGAUUGAGGCCAUCCUCAACGCCGCCGAAGAGGACGUACCGGCUAUUGUGAAAAAGAUUCGUACUUGUGACAGCCUGGAUAACGUCGCCGAGUCCAUUCUCAAAAAUGACAUCUCUAACGAAGCAGAUGAGGAGGAGGACUUUGGCCGAUUGGACGACGACUAUUCGGCAAACCUACCCGUCGAAGGCGAGAGGGAAUUGGCGCGCAAGAUGGGAGAGUUGAGGCUGGAGAAUGGUUCGGUUCGAUUCAUCGGCGGGACAUCUCAUCUGAUCUAUCUCGGCGAAACCGCCAACGUACCUGACGAACCAGAAUCCGAGAGCUACCUGUCGGGCGAAGAUCCAGUGACUAGCUGGACCGAAGUGACCAAGGACACACAACUGAUCGUUCACCUCAUCAACAUGUACUUCAACUGGCACUACCCCUAUUUCACGACGCUGUCGAAGGACCUCUUUUACCGAGACUUCUUCAAGGGGAAACCACGAGGCCAGCCACGAACCACGGUGUAUUGUUCGUCACUGCUGGUCAAUGCGAUGUUAUCUCUUGGAUGCCACUUCACAAGUGUACCGGGCGCUUUUGCGAUAUCCGGCGACAGUAGAACGAAGGGGGACCAUUUUUUCGCCGAGGCAAAGAGGCUUAUCGUGGAGAAUGACGAGUACGAAAAGCCAAAACUCACCACUGUGCAGGCAUUGGCGCUCAUGUCUGUUCGAGAAGCGGGAUGUGGUCGGGAGGCUAAGGGCUGGGUAUACAGCGGUAUGAGUUUCCGGAUGGCUCAGGACAUUGGUCUCAACCUAGACAUUGGCGGUAUCUCCAAGGACAAGGACUCGUUGGAUGAAAAGGAGGUGGAUGCCCGAAGGAUCACAUUUUGGGGGUGUUUCCUAUUCGACAAGUGCUGGUCAAACUACCUCGGCCGGCUACCUCAACUUCCAAAGAACUCAUACAAUGUACCAAAGUACGAUGUAUUUCCAGACGAAGACGCCAUGAUGUGGUCGCCAUACACAGAUACCGGCUUUGACCAGUCUUCAAAGCAGCCUGCCCGAACAAGGGCCACUGGUUUACAGCUAUCGAAGCUUUGCGAGAUUAGCAGCGAUCUGCUGCUCUUCUUUUACCACCCUAACCAUAUAGGACGCUCUAGUGGGAAAUACGUUGAGCUUAAGAAGCUCAGCGAGCUGCACAGGCGACUAGAGGAUUGGAAAGCAGAGUUGCCAAAGGAGUUUGAGCCUAAGGAAGGGCAAUUGCCGAACGUCAUCCUGAUGCACAUGUUCUAUCACCUGCAGUACAUCCACCUGUUCCGACCAUUCCUCAAAUACACUCCGUCGUCAUCACCAUUACCAUCACAUGUCUCGCCCAGGAGGAUAUGUACUUCCAACGCUGGCGCCAUCUCCAAACUGAUGCGCCUCUACAAAAAGAUGUAUAACCUACGACAGAUCUGCAAUAUCGCCGUAUAUAUGGUGCACUCAGCCUGCACAAUUCACAUGCUCAACCUACCUGAAAAGACAGCCAAGAGAGACAUUAUCCACGGCAUCAAACACCUGGAAGAAAUUGCUGAGGAUUGGCUGUGCGCUCGCAGAACACUGUCUAUUCUCAGCGUUCUUGCGCGGAAAUGGAAUGUCGAGCUCCCCGAAGAAGCCUCUUUGGUGCUCAACCGCACCGACGAGAAGUAUGGCACGUUUAGCACUUCGGACGUCCCGUCACCAAACAAAUCAUCACACUACUCGGCGCAGUCACCACAAUCCCUGCCCGCUUCACCAAACAGCAAAGCCGAACACAGUCCACCAAACCCAUAUUUGUACCCAUCGAGUCAUCAACACCAACAAAUGACCUUUGAAAGCCGCCUCCCAGCAGCCAGCAUGUCCCCGGAUAUUCUCGCCAACUUCAGCGUGGCUGGGCUCCAACUUCCACAAUCACAAUCGCACACAGCUAGCACCACGGCCGCCACUUCCCCGAUGGCCAUGUCGGUAGCUGAUCCCCUAUCGGCAAUGAACGCCUGGUCGACCGUGUCGCAACCACCACAACCGCCGAUGCCUUCGUACAACCCCUCGCCGUUCAACCCUAACCCAAGGAGACAUAUCAGCUCGAAUUCGGGGUAUGUGAUUGACGGGCAGGAUUGGUACAUCAAGGAUGGCGUGAACUGGCAGCAGAAUUUUGAGACAUGGGGCAUGUCGCCGAACGGUGGCGGACCGCAACAAACGAACCAAGGGCCGAGCAAUGGUGAUCCAUCAUCGCUUUUUAUGUUUAGGGGGUUGAAUGGUGGUGGCAGGGGAGGUAAUGAGAUGGAUACCGGUGGUUUUGAUAAUUUGGGGUCGAUGGGGACGUUGGAUCAUCUUCCUGGGUUGGAUUAG